AAAUAUGACAAGCGGGGCUUUGAAACUGCUCGGUACUAGUUAUGUACGUCUGUGAGCUUUGCGGUAUUUCGUUUAAAACAGAACAGGAAAGUUAUGAACAUGAUAUUAGUGAAAAACACCACAAAAAGUUUGAGGAAAAUGAAUUCAAUUAUGGACGGCAACCGUCUCACUUUUGUUCUAUAUGCCAUUGUGGAAACAUACAGGGCCUAAAGUGCUGGAUCAACCACACUAAGAGCUCUCGUCAUCAAAUGAAUUUGAAGUCUUUCUAUGAAUUUUAUGGAAUUGACCCCCAGACUGUGUUGUUACAAGAACCACUUCAGUCUGGCCGCGAACCUAAAACAUGUCAGAAAUCUGACGCAGUCAGCAAUGGUCUUCGUACACGCAAUGGGAAACGUUCAUCUGAUACCUUCCAAUCAUCACAUAACAAGUGUAAUCGAAAUAUUUCUUUCACUCAGUUAUCUAAGAAACCAAGAAUUUCAAAUACUUCUGGUCAUGAAGGUGGGAUGAUGCUAAACAUUUUAGAAACUAUUGAUAAAGAUUCAGUAAAUACACGUAAACAUCAAAGUGUAUCAAAGCGGUUAACUAAUGAGCUACGUUGUAAAGUAAGUAAAUCUACUAGUUCAAACCGUUGUGAUCCUAAAAAAAAGAAAUCUGAACGGGAGAAUUAUUCUCCUGUUUACCCUAAAAUAGUUACGUGCCCAUCAACUUCUCCAAAACCAAUUACAAUUCAGCCUGUAAGCGAAAACACAAAGAAAUGUGGAGAACUCCAGUGUAUGGAGAAAGCCUUAUUAAUUUCUCAAGAACUUCAAUCACUUAAAAUCAAACAAGAUGAACUGGAGGAAAAAUUACAGACUGUUGAAACUGAGUUAAAUUUGGUCAAAGCUAAAAGGCGUGAGUUGAAACAGGAACGAUCCAAUCUACUACGAGGACUUAAUCAUUCGGACUCUGAUAUUGAGAGUCACACGAGCACUUCUCGUUCUGAGCCAACGGAUAUACGACAAAAUGUCUCCUUACCAAUUCAAAAAUCGCAUGUAAAAGUUGUUGCUUCUAUAGCUCCUUUGGAUACACCUGAUGUUGAAACAUCCCAUCCUACUCAUUUUAUGCCCAAUCCAAAAGCAAUAAAUAAACAGCAAAUUGGUAUACCUUCAAGUUUAUCGUCCGAUGUAACAAGCAAUCAACAACCAGAAUUAAACCAGUCUAAAAAUGCUUUCACAUCCUCGCCAUCAAUUCCUGAAACUACUUCAAACGUUCCUACAGCCUCCUGUGUUCCUCAAAAUCAUACCUCUGCAGCUUCACAAAAAACAAUAUCUGAUCCAUUUAAUCCAAUACCUACCAGUUCAAAUUCUAAUGGUGUUGAUUUAGAGCGUCUAGCUUUAAUACGUCAAGCUCUUCAGUCACCAAACAGCUGGCAGUUCACUUUUGAUGAAGUUGAUCAAAUGUUAAAGCAAGCAGCAGCUAAGGCUUCCACUAAAGCAGUUAAUCAAAAUGUUGGAUCGUUAGGACACCCAUUCCAAACAAGACCUACUGAAGACUUACCAAUGACAGUCGAAGAUAAAAUCACAUCUCCACCAAUAAAAGGUGAGCCAGUCAUUUACCCAACAGCAAAGAUUAAAGAGCAAUCAAUAGAUUCAAGUGAAAAAAGUCACACUAUCACAUCCGAUUCAUCUAAAACUACCGGCCCUCAAAGCUUACUACUCGAACCCCCUGUUCUUCGCAUUUCACCUCCAAAACAAGUGAAUAAAUCAUAUAUCUCCUCUUCCUGUUCGACGUCAUCAUCAUCAUCAGAUGAUGAUGAUGACGGUAGUCAUGAAAAAGCGUGUAAUGACAAGAAAAUUUCAUUUCCUUUUAGAGCUAAAGUUGAAACUGACACGAGUUACCCUCUUUUGAAAUCGGAAUCCAAAUCUACGUGCGCAUUAUCCGAUAAGGGUAAUAUUAAAAUAGGUGAAUUUCAUGCUUUUGGUGGCUGCGCUACUGCUGUGAUUGAUAUGGCUAUAAACCCGGUUACAAAUGUGGCUUAUAUUGGAGGACAGAACGGUACUAUUGUCGAAUGUGACCUUAAAACUCACCACUGUAUAUCUAAACUCCCACCUAGAGAUGCUAGCAUUACGAAAUUGUGCUUAGAUCCUAAUGGUGAAUCCAUUUAUGUUGGCUAUUAUGACCAUUAUUUUGGUGAAUACAACUUACAGACCAGUUUGCUGGUACAUAAAAAUACUUUUUCUAGUCGUAUCGCGGCACUAGCAGUUGCCCCAUCACCUGAAAUUCCAUUUAUAUUUUUGGGCCUCUUUAAUGGUGACAUAUUGCGUUAUAAUCCUGGGACGCAUGCGAUCGGUUUUCUAUGCCGACACACAACUGAUUGCUACCAAUCUGAUUUUGCAAGUGAUAAAACGAAAAAUUGCUUAAAACAGCAAGCACAAACUUCGGACUCAAAUGAAUCGGCUGGUAUCACUUCACUGUGUCUUGUUCAAUCAGGAACCUCUUUACUAUUAAUUGUUGCUGGUUUAGACCGAUCUAUUUCUAUCCGCUCAGCCAGCGAUGGUACAUUAGUGUGUUGCAUCCAAAGUUCUGUCCAAAAGGGACCGCCACAAGAUAUAUCAUGUUUACCCAAAGGCUCAUUUUUCUCAUCCUAUUCUGAUCGUUCCAUUCGCAUUUAUAAUUGGAAGACUGGAUCUUCCGAAUUAACUUUCCAUGUUCAUAAAAUAUCUAGUUCUUGUGUAAUGCAACGCUAUAUUGCUGUAGGUGAUUCAGAAGGCGCAGUUCGUGUUUACAGAUUUCAAUCAAAUGGAUUGCCUGUUACACGACCAGUAAAAGUCUACUUCAUAUCUACUCGAGGAGCAGUUACUUCACUUGCAUCUGUGGGAGACACUCUAAUCGCAGGUAGUUUAGAUGGAUCUGUUACUGUUAUCGUAGUCAAUGAACCAGCUUCAAAUUACGUUUGUUUGUACGGAAGAAAAUAUGGAGAAAACUGUGGUAUCGGCUUCAUGGAUCGUCGUGACCUUAUUAAUCAUGUGCUUAAGGAACACCUUAAAUUUGAAAGUAAUAAAACAGUAAUGUGUGGAUGGAGUUCGGGUCGUUGCAGGGUUCGAUUCACUGAAACACAAACUAUGAAGACUUCGUCGCACAUGUUUUAAUGAUUGGUCAUGAAAGCUAGAUGCAAUUUUAUAACAAGUAACUAGUACCUUACCUACUCAGUAACAGAUUUACACUGGGAAAAUUUAUCUGGUAUUACAGAACAAAAAUCAUUUAGAAAGAUAUAUGUCCAGAGAAUCUGACAUUUAUGGUAACUUAUUUGCGUUGCUGGCGUAACAGAUUGACAAAUUUAGUGAAAAUCAGGAUUGUGAUAUUUUAAUUCACAACGACUAGAAUAUUGAUCACUUUGAAACUGAAUACAUCAAACUGUCGGAUUUUAAUACACUCCAUUGAUUUGUGCAAAGAACAACUAAACAUCAGAAAUAUAAAUUGAAGAACUUACAGUUGUACGACUGUCUUCGGAUAUUGAGAAGAAAGACCUACUAAAUCUACAGGGAUAGAAACCCUGAUCAGCUAAAUAGCUCGUAGCAUAAUUCUUUAGCAUUCUCUCACGACACCCUUUACCAUACUAUUAAUGAUUUUUACACACACUACCUCUAUUUGAGUCGCUUACUUGCUAUGGUUAGAUGUCAGUAAGUAAACAAACAGACAAUACAAUUAACCUAACAUUGCAUACUUCAAAAGACGACCAAUGAUUCGAUGCGUUUACUAGAUUGUAUUUCAUCAGCAUAUAACUGAAUGAAUACAUUGGAAGAACUCAUCAGUUUAAAAUAUUUUGCACUUUAUCUACGUAUAAUACUAGAAGAUACCUUUAAGUUUUACUUUAGACUGGCGACUGUAUUAAACUACUCAAAAUGCGUGCAACGAUUUCAAUAUACGUACAAAUACUAUUUUAACUUAUGAACGUUAUUAUCUAUUUACGUCACUUAAUGAAAUCUAUUUAUUCAAAAUAGUGUCGUUAGAUUUCCUAUGGAAAUAUUCCAUUUCCGCAUACAACCUACAACAUGUGAAUUCUACAUGCUUCUUAUUUUUGUUCUUUAUUGAUUCGCAAUUCAAAGCAUAGUUUUCUAUUACUACUAGUUACUUUACUAUUGUGCCUUUCGAUGUGGUUGUUAUUCUGUUGCUUGUUAAUUACAAAACAUUUCUACACUAGUAUAAACCGGCAUAAUUGACUGGAUGCUUAAUGUGCUCAAUAUAUUGAUGCAUUUUGUGAAUAUGAAUAACAGAGACAAGUGUAACAUGAAAUCUUACUACAAAUAAAGCGUGAUUGAAAUCG